ACGUAAUUCAGAAACAAAAGUCCGACGCGACAGACGAAUAUAUCAAGGAUGUGUGUGGCGACUGGCUCACACAGGCCAAAUUUCGCCUUCAGAGAAGGAUUGCUCGAGCGGCCAAGAGGGCCAAUAGUGCAAACAGUAACCCUGAUGCUGAGCCUGUUGAUACCAACAGUGCGAACAGUACCCCUCCUGCUGAACCUGCUGAUACUGUUACUGUCACUCUUGAAAAUGAUAAUGUCUCUCUUCAAAAUGAGUCUAAUGAUAUUAAUGACAACGCCUUACAAGAAAAUUAUUGA